UGCGCGGCCGGGCGGAGCCGGGGGGUGCCGGGGCGGUGCCGUCUCUUGUGUCUUGUGCACGGGCCGGCGGCGGGGACGCUUCGGGAGCACGGCCCGGCUGCUGCAGCGUCUCAGGAGGGCUCGGGUGGCCUCCCGAACAUUCAAAGAUCACAAACAACUCUCCUGUAAAAACAAGCUGGGGAAACCACUUGGCAAUAAUGAGGUAUUUCCACUUCUGUAAACUUCCAGGAAGAGUUAUGGGAAUCCGCCUACUGCGCUUCACUUCAGUGGUGAUCAUUGUUUUACUUCUCGUGGCAGGUGCUUUGACAGCUUUGCUUCCCAGUAUCAAAGAUGACAAAAUGCCCAAUUUGAGAAGGGAACCAAAAACCCAGAGUCAGUCUGCCUUGGAUGCAUUUACUCUUAUUAUGCAGACAUAUAAUAGAACAGACUUACUGCUAAAGCUUUUAAAUCAUUAUCAAGCCAUCCCCCACCUACAUAAAGUAAUUGUUGUGUGGAACAACAUUGGUGAGAAGAUACCGGAGGAAAUGUGGAAUUCCUUGGGACCUCAUCCUGUCCCCGUUGUCUUUAAAGUUCAAGCUGUAAAUCGCAUGAGGAACAGACUCCAGAAUUUCCCUGAGCUGGAAACAAAAGCUGUUUUAAUGAUGGAUGAUGAUACAUUAGUCAGUGCUCAUGACCUUACUUUCGCCUUCUCUGUUUGGCAGCAAUUUCCAGAGCAGAUAGUGGGAUUUGUCCCUAGGAAGCACAUUUCUACUCCUUCAGGUGUAUACAGUUAUGGCAGCUUCGAGUUGCAGAGCCCUGGAUUUGGAAACGGAGAUCAGUAUUCUAUGGUUCUUAUCGGCGCAGCAUUUUUUCAUAGUGGAUAUUUAGAAGACUUUCAAAGACAGCCAGAAGCAGUUUAUGCCUUAAUAGAUGAAACUCAAAAUUGUGAUGAUAUUGCCAUGAAUUUUCUGGUAGCCAAGCAUACUGGGAAACCUUCAGGAGUGUUUGUGAAGCCUGUUGACAUAAGGAAUUUAGAAAAAGACACUAACAGUGGCUAUUCUGGAAUGUGGCACCGAGCAGAGCAUUUGUUACAGAGAUCUUACUGUGUAAAUAAAUUGGUUAAUAUUUAUGAUGGCAUGCCUUUAAAAUAUUCUAAUAUCAUGAUUUCUCAGUUUGGUUUUCCUAAUUAUGCCAAUCACAAGAAUAAAAUGUAAGCCAAUGAAUUUAAGGGGCUAAAAGUUAAACAAUUCUCAGUGAAUUGUACUGAGUUCAAGGAGAGAAGAAGGUCUAAUUACUGCAUCUUGGCCAUCCUUAUUUGUAGCCUCUGAACUUUUUCCAUAUGGCUUCUUAUGUUUUGAGUUUGGGUUUUUUUUCCUUUCGUACUAAUUCUCCAAGGUAAAUUUUGAGAAAACUUAGAGAAUAUAUACUAGUGUUUAGCUGUGAUAAAAUCAUCCCAUUUCAUUAAAACCUGAAAAGCUAUUACGAUUAAUUAGGCCAGUUCUUCAGAAACAUGCAGAGAAAAAUGCACUCCUACCCUUGCAGUGCUUAUGUUUAGAUAUUUAUUUCAAUGUUAAUCUAGUUAAAUGAGGUCUAGGCGUAUUUUUUAUAGUUAUAUCUUGAGAUGCUUCCUUGCCUUUCCCCUUCUCCUCCUGCUUCCCAGUGAAACUGUAGAAGGGCUACAGUAAACUGUUGGCCAGGCUUCUAGACUCCUGUACAAAACCCCUACGAAAUUUGUAUAUAAGCUAUUCUGUAUUCUGAGAUGUUCCUGAAGCUGCUAUGAAAGCAAGCCUGAGAAGAGUACCUCACCUUAAUCUCAGAUCGUCCUAAACCAGUUGCCUUUGGCAUCUGCUACUGCUGGGAUAGUGGAAAAUGAUCUCUGAUGUAGCUUUUUUCCCCAUUAUUGAUUUGCCUAGAGUUGCUGAAACACUACAAGUAGCUGAAACCUAAAACCUAGCAGCUGGAAAUGUAAGAAACAUGAAUAUGUAAAAUAUGAAACUUUUAUAAGUAGCCAGAAGAAAUUGAUGGGAUAUUACUUAUUAAUACUCUCUUUAUUCUUAGUUUUAUUUUUAUAUUUUGCAUGUACAUUAUUACAAAAAUAUGCCCAAGAAAAUCCUCACUCUUAAAAUAUGUCUUAUUUACCAUUGCUAAUAGGAGCAGGCUGUUCUACAUAUAUGACAGUGUACAUUUUGUUGUACUACAGAUCUUCUGGUUUUUUAACUACUCUUUCAUAGAAUCAUAGAAUCCCAGACUGGUUUGGGUUGAAGGGACCUUAAAGCUCACCCAGCUCCAACCCCCUGCCACGGGCAGGGACACCUUCCACUAGAGCAGGUUGCUCCAAGCCCCUGUGUCCAACCUGGCCUUGAACACUGCCAGGGAUGGGGCAGCCACAGCUUCUCUGGGCACCCUGUGCCAGCGCCUCAGCACCCUCACAGGGAAGAACUCCUGCCUAAUAUCUAAACCUGAACUUCCCCUGCUUCAGUUUGAACCCAUCACCCCUUGUCCUACCACUACAGUCCCUGAUGAAGAGUCCCUCUCCGGCAUCCAAAUGAGUAUUUAUUUACUUUUUGGUUCCUUUCAUCUCUGGUUUUGGUGGCUACGACAACAGAAUUACAAUGUGCAAUGAAUGAGUAAAGCGUUAUAAAAAAAAAAAAAGGUCUUUUAAAGUACAGUGAUGUCUGACAGGGAUGGACUAUUACGAGUCUCUGAUUUCCCUGGCCUCAUCUAUAGCAAGAAACAGAGCUAUUAUUAACAGCUUUUGUUAGAUUGGGAUGCUGUAGUUCUGCAACCAGUGUGUUACCACAGACUGGACAGACCUUUUCCAUUGCAGUUACAGAAUUGUUUUUGUGGUAUGGAGGAAAGAAAAUAGAUUUUCUUGGAUCACAGAAAGGAAUAAAAUCUGGCAUCCAAAGUAGAUUUAAUUUAAUCUGCAUCAGCUUUUAAUUGAUUCUUAGUAUCAGUUCAAAGGUAUCUAUGGGCAAUCGGUAACAGCUAACACCAACUACACAAACAGCAUCUGCACAAAAUGGGUGUAUAAUUUUUUCAGGGUUUGUAAUAAGUUAGCUGAACAGAAAGUGGUUGAAAAACGUGACAAGUUCUUUACAGCUGGGCUGAUUCUGGAUGUAAGUCUUUGGGGGAAUGGAGAAUUCUUUUGCCUUGUUCUGUCAGCGUUAAAGGAUUUUGUUUCUGUUCAGUAAAGUCUUCCUAGUACUUUUGUAAGAUUUAAAGGGCAAAAUCUUAUCAUGGCAGUGCAAAGUCUGCUUAAUUUUAUUGGAAUAGUGAAAAGUAGAUUUUAAUUAUUGUGCUGUAGUGAUAAGUAGUAAUCAAGCAGGUCUAUGAUCUUCCCGGAAAUGCAGCUUUCCUCGUGGCAGUUUACUGCAUUUUGUUUACUCACUGGUCUGUAAUCUCUGUUCUGUGCAGUAUCAACUAGAAUUGUGAAGACUCACAGGUGUUGUUUACCUUACUUUUAAAAUGUGAAACGAACUGGCAACUCAGCCAAAUCUCACUAUUGGCUUUGUUGCUGUGGGGAAGGAGGUGGGUUGGGAUUACUUUUUGUUCUUCUGUAUAGAACAAGAUUUUAUAAUACUGGUAAAUUUGAUUUGUACCAUUGUCAAAUAAAAUAUGUAAACCAGAUUGAUUUCAGUGUUAGAUGUCUAAAGUAAGCUCACAGUUUGCAUACAGAUGAGCAGCACCAAGAUUUCGUUUUUUAAAAAACAUGUUGGCACAUACAUUCUCUUAAUUUAGGUAAGGCCUAAAUUAAUUGAGGAAAUAAACUGAGGGGGAAAAGCCACCAAAAACCACAGCCUUAAGCAGUUAGACCUAGCUAGCAAAGAAAAUUUGAAGAUAAGACUUCAUCUCUAGCCAUAAUUCAUUGCGCUUAGGAACCAAAAGGGUUUUGUUUGUUUUUUAAAGGCUGGUAACUUUUUAUCCCUUGAUGGUUACAAAAAUGCCUUAAGAUUCUUUAAUGAAAUAUAUUGCUGAGGAUUUAUAUUUUUAACAAAAUAAUAGGUAUGUGAUAAUUUCUUCUGAGAGAUUAUCUAGAUGUCAUUUGGAAACGUUUUACAGUCUAAACACAUUCAUCACCACCUCUGAAUGUGCUAUAGAAAUUAAUGUUUAGGAACACAAGGCUUUAAAAAUGGUAUCUAAAAGGUAUAUUUAAAAAAUCUUUGUUGAAAAAUUCAGGAUAUAGUCUUAAAAUGAUGCAACAGGAUUACAAGAAAAUUGCUUCUUUACCUGCAGUUUGAAAAACGCCACAAGAUGUCACUGUAAACUUGGUAUUUGGCAUCAUCAAAUGUUAAAAAUAGUAAUUGGAAUUGAUUAUAAUCAACAAAAUUAUAUGAGGUGAGAACAUUCCUAAAGCUAGCAUUUUGCAAGGCGAGCUGCAUUAGAUAGUCAUACUGAAAGCUAUGAGAUAAAACCCUGGAACUGAAAAAACAUGGAGGUUAUUUUGUACAUAUUUUUACAGGGGAGAAAGAUUAUUUUAAGUACCUUUUCUGCUUACAAAGGCUCCAGCUAAUUGCCACAAAUGAGAACUGGUAUGUAACCAAACCAACACUUGUAAUUUUUACAAAAGGUACAUAAGUGGUGUACAAAUAACGUUUGGCAGUGGGGCUUCAGUUUCUAGUCAGCUUUGCCUCCUAGAUUUACCAGCCUAGCUAGAGGGAUUUACAAAUAAUAAGCUUUAACACAAACUGUGUAUCUAGGGAUCCUGGAUAGCUAGCCUGUUACACUGUUCCAUCUUUGCUUCUGUUGCCCAAGAUAGCUUUGUUAAAGCUAAUUUGAGUACACUCAUACAAACUCCCCUCAAGUAGAGUGCAGCACAGACUUAGAAAUGUAUGUUACAUUGAACUGUAGUGAAAGUUUGGUUAAAAAAGGCUGUCAAAAAACAAUGGUUCUGGAGAAAAUACAUUGAUAGCUCUUUUCUUACUGAGGAUAUGUUACCCCUUAGAAAAUUGCUUAUAAAUAAAAAAUGAAAUAUUUAAUUAAGGGUUAGCUGUAAGUGUAAGCAAUCUAGAGCAAUAUAGGAAAAGAUAAACACAUUGAUUUCCAUGAAGAGCAAAUAGCCUCAAACAACCUUUAUUUAAUUUGCUGUUACAGAAGACUGUGGUCUUAGUCUUGCAAGCAUCUUGUCUGGAAUAGUACUUACUUCUGAGAAUAAGGUUUCUUAGGUAAGUUCGCAGGACCAGGCCCAAACAGUCACACUUAGGAAUAUUAGUCCUGGAGUUAUAAAAAAAGGGGGCAAAAAAGAGCCAUGUGAGAACACAGGUACAGAUUCUUAGAACAAACACAGAAAAUAAAUAAGCAACUACAACUGCAUGACAAGCAUUUUCUGUAGUACUUCAGUGUAUUUAUAAGGCCUUAAAGAGUAUCUAGUGCUUAUGACGCUAGGUAAAAAUUGAGAAGUCAAAAGCGUUUCACACUUGUGUUUAGCCUCAUCUACGAACAACUUAGAAUUAAUUAUAUUAACUGGUAAUUACAGGAGCUUAUUUAUAGUGUUUGGAAAACAUGGUGAUAAUAAAGUGAACCUCCGGGCUGCAUAUUGCUUUGCAUUACAAUGGUUUUUAAGGUGUUUCAAGGGUGGUUUUUGUUUUGGUUGGUUAGCUGUA